AUGUCUGAAAUCAGGGUGCGAAAAGAUGUUCGCAGGCUCUCCGACCAAGAACGCGAUAAUGUUGUUCGCGCCUUUAAGCAUAUUAUGGAACUGCCACCCGAUGAUAAUAACUCAUAUUUCACUAUCGCCGGCUAUCAUGGUCUGCCAGAACCUCAAUAUUGUUAUCAUGGUGUCGUUCUCUUUCCGACAUGGCAUCGUGCCUACCUCUGUCGACUAGAAGAAGCUUUGCGAACUGCGCCUGGCUGUGAAGACCUAGCUCUUCCAUACUGGGACGAGGCUUCUAACGAGACUAAAGAGGAGGGUAUUCCCCAUCUCUUUACUGAUAAAGAAUACAAAUUUCAAGACGGAACCUCGAUCCCGAAUCCUCUUCGUUCCUACAAACUUGCAAAAGGCAUUGUAGAUACAGAGGAUAAGAAAACCCGCAAAGACACCAAGCCAGAAGGAUAUCAAACAGUCCGAUACCCAUACUCCGGUCUGGUCAGUGACCAAUUUGUGGACAGAACCAGACUCCACAACGCAGCAUUGGAUGACAAGGAAACAGACGAGGUGACCAAGAUACUCAAUCAAAAUGUCAUUCGCUGGCUGUAUCUCCAGAAAUUCCAGAACCACGAAGAGAAAUGGAUUUCGUCUGGCGAAAAAGAUAAUUACGUCAACUGUCUUGAAGCUCCCAACUAUACGGUGUUCUCCAAUACCACGUCGGCCGAGAAGUACAAUGAGGAGAAUAGAGGCAAGCCAACAGUUUCACCUAUUGUACCCAUCGAGCAACCACACAACGCUGUUCACCUUGCAGUUGGGGGUUUUGAUGUCCCAGGCGACAAAAACCACAAUGUUUAUCAGUUUGCGAACGGUGAUAUGGGAGAGAAUGAUACGGCGGCCUUUGACCCUCUCUUUUUCUUCCAUCACUGUUUUAUUGACUACAUAUUCUGGAGGUGGCAAGAUCGACACAACAAGAAAGAAAGUCUGGAAAUAAUGAAGGGUUACCCCGGGACUCAGCUCAUCAAGCGUGGUAAAGCAACUGCGAAUUUUACCAUGGACUUCCCGCUUGCGCCUUUCAUUAUCAACGAUAAAGAUACUGGCAAGAAGCGUGACAUGACAUCAAAUGAUGUCGUCGACAUCUCCAGGUUAGGAUACACUUAUACUGAGCCGGGCCUACAUCUGAACCUUAUGACCCCAGCCCAAAGAUUCGUAGAUGCUCCAAAGUUGAAAAUCAGUGGGAUCAAUCGCGCCAAGAUCCCUGGUUCCUUCAUCGUAUCCAUCUGGGCCAAGACUGGCGACGGGAUGCCUGAUCGUCUUCUCCACACCAAGGCAGUCCUCAGUCGUUGGGAUGUUGAAAAAUGCGGGAAUUGCCAGAGUCAUCUGGAAGUCAAGUCGAUUGUUCAUCUCACCGACUUUGAUCAUGAAGAAGCUCUCAAUACAGAGUUUUAUGCAAAGAUACAUACGAGGGAGAAGCCAGAAGGAGAAAGACACAUCGCGGGUAGAGACAUCCCAAUCACGUUGAAUGCUUGCAGAGCUGUGGGAAUAAUUAGAUAG